AGUUAAAAGUGCGUAGAUUAGUUACAACUGCACACUAUCUGCUGUUGUUUGGAUAAAGUGAACAUUUGUUUUUAGUUGAAUUCAACCAGCAAAAAUGAGUUCCGACUUGGACUAUGAAGAACAGAAACUUCUUCGCCGUAAGAAAAAAUCCUCGGAAGCUGGUAAUCUACAGCAACUGGCGGAGGUGUGCCUCCGACUGGGUGAGUUAUACAACGACCGUGGGGAGUAUCUGAAGGCUCUGAACGAAUUCAAACUGGUAGCGAAAGCGUACAACAAGCUAAAAAUGGCAAUGGAAGUGGGCCGGGCGAAUCGAAUGGUCGGUGAAAUGUUCAUGUUGCUGGGCGAGUACGAAAAAGCUCUCCAGUAUGAGACGAUCUAUCUGGACAUAGCUCGUCGGGAGGAGGACAAAACAGAACUACAACGAGCUUACGUUACGAUUGGUAGGGCUCAUCUACUCAAGGGUCAGAGUUGCGACAAAGCGGCAAAGGAAUCAUUCGACGAGGCAGAAAAAGCGUUUCUUAAAAGUCUUAAGUUGAGUAGAGAAUUGAACAGACUUUCCAAAGUAGAGCAAAUGGAUAUGGAAGCUAGAUCGUUCCUGAAUUUGGGUGUAACAAAAGAAAUGCAGGGAGAUUUGGAUAAUGCUGUAAAAUAUAUUCAGGAAGCAAUCAAAAUAGCACAGAACAAUGAUCUGCAUAAGCUGCUUCAUCAAUGUUAUAUUUCUGCUAGUCUGCUGCUACUGAAGCAGAAGAAUCAAACAAAAGCUUUGAAGAUUUUAAGCGAAGCUCUGGAAGUGGCAUCUAGAUUGCAGAACAAGUCAACAAAAAUGUGCGAAACUUUGUUGAUUAAAAACGACGUUAUGAUACGCAUGGGAGAUUUUCAAAGUGCACGUCAGACGUUGAAACAGGCAUACCGGCUGAAGACUCCGGUUGUGUCCGAUGCAGAGAACAUCGAAAGUCAGCUGAAAGUGUUGGUAGCGCUUUGUCGAAUCGAAGACAAACUCAUUACAGUGGAUAGCAGCGAUCACGCUACUAAAAAACGUCUCUACGAACAGAUGGGUGACGGGUCCUGCAAGUUGGAGAAUUAUGGUAAAGGGAUUGAUUACUAUCUUAAAAUGCUAGAAUGUGCUCAACUGAAGGGAGAGACUGAGCGAGAAUUAAUUCCAAUUUAUGUGAGUUUGUAUCAAACGUACAAAGAUAAUAAGCAGUAUGAGGAUGCUCUGGUCUAUCUGUGGAAAGAGUACAAUUUGAUUGAAAAAGUACCGAAAGAGGCUUUUAAUACGCUGCUAAAUAUAGCGGAAGUUUACGAAAUGCAAAAUCGGUCAUGUUUCGAUAUUGAGGAUAUUUAUCGCCGCGCCCGGCAGGAAGCGAAGAAACUCAAGUCGCUCAAAUUGGAAAGAAUUCCACUGCAACGGUGCAUCGCACUGCUGAAGAAACACGGUAUGGAACUGAUGGCGGAAAAUCUGGAGAAGGAAGCAGAACAGGCUGGGAUAGACCUGGCGCUGGAUGAAGAUGCUGAGAGCGACGACGAUGUCGAUCACGAUGAAACGGAAACGUCGGUCGAGUUUCUUAUCAACACGGAGGAAAUCGGUGAUGAUGUAGAUCUGGCAGAGCUUUCGAACUCGGAGAAUGAAAGUGAGAAACCUGGUGAAGGACAAUCCGAUACUAGGGCCACUAGAAAGAGAGGAACUUCUUUUAAGGUCCGACGAAAUGGCAAAGGAGAAACACAACUCCAUCAGGCUUGUAUUAACGGUAAUACUGUUUUGGUUCAGAAGCUGCUGGAUCAAGGUCAUCCAGUUAACGUCCGUGAUAACGCUGGGUGGCUUCCUCUUCACGAAGCCUGCAUUUAUGGUCACAAGGAUAUUGUGGAUAUGUUGGUGGAUCGCGGGGCUCAUAUCAACGAUAAAGGGGGUGUCAAAUGUGAUGGGAUUACUCCACUGUACGAUGCGUGCUCCAACGGGAAUUUGGAAGUGGUAGAACUGCUACUGGAUCGUGGAGCAAAUUGUACACUACGAACGGAUUCCGGUGAUACUACCUUGAAUAUCUUGGAAGCAUGGUUUGCAGAGAACCAAAAGUUGCUUCAAAGUGAUCAUAUUGCGCAUUAUAAUAAUGUUCGAGACAGAAUUCAGGUUUGCUUUGACAAAGCAGGCAUUAAACCGGAUCAGUCAGCAUCGUUACCGGAGGCGCUUGAUGCUGGUCCCAGUACAAGCGAGGGGGGCCGUUCUAGUCGCAGACGAACGAAUCGACUCGAUCAGUCGAGAACGGAAGCCGAAAAAGCAAAUGCUCAUUUGGUUCAACCAAAUAAGAAAACAAAAGCAACUCGAAAUCGUCAAUCGUCGGAAAAUUGUGAGUCGCCUGGAAAACGUCAAUCUUCGGGAAAUCGUCAACCGUCAGGAAGUCGCCAACGAGAUACGCGGUCACUCUCAUCACAUUUAUCGUCAGAUUCAGCCGAUGAGUCGAAAGAAGAAAAUACAGUUUCUUCCUUUGCGGAGAGUUCUCGUUCGUCAUUGCCCGGUCUUGACGAUUAUCGUAGUGCAAUACAAGUGCUACGAAAGGGCUCGACGGUUCGAGCGCAGAUAGUUGCUCCUUUGAAAGAUCCCAAUCCCGGCCCGGCUAAACGUUCGGCUUAUAUGGAGCGAGAUGAGGUUGGCGAUGAUUGGCUGGAGAAUGAUAUUGGUCCCGUUAGCAAGCGGCAAAAGUUUUUCUCCGAUAAAGAUUAUACGGAAACAAAUCUUAGAAACACUCCCAAUCGACCAGCCAAACGCAGCUUGGAACGAGAAGUCACUCCACCUCCAGAUCCACCCAUAUCAGAUGAAACUAUAACCACUAGUGGCUUAGAGUACGAUUCAGAUGGUGAUUGUGAAGACAUUGGUGAAGUUACCUUGGAAGAAAGCGAACCCGCAGUUGCCGACGCCCAUGAAAUACUAAUGAGUGCAUCCGAAAAAAGCUUCUCAAGAAAGUCAUCGAGUCAAAAAAGUGAACGUCGACCAUCCUCUGCCGGAUCUCCUAGGAAUCAAGUAUCCCUGCUGGACGCGGGAUUCAGUGUGUCUUCACGAUCGUCAAGUCCUUCAGUUGGGCAACCAGCGGAGGAGCCACGAACGCCGGAGAAAGACGGAGAGUCGUCGAUUGAAAGCCGGUCACCGGUUAAGGUUUUACCACCGAGCAUGGUGCGGGUUGUCGUCGAAGGCGAGCCGAUCGAUGUGACCUACGAUGAGGGCCAGGUCAUGGAAUUGAACGUUGGAUGGUUGGUUAACGAAGCUGGACAGCGUUACGGUGUAAUACAUGGAAAACGUCCGCUCUUGAAGCUUCUCCGCCAGGACGGUGGCCUGUGCGUUGAUUCUGAUCCUCUGACAACUCUGCUGGACAGUGAUGAUACCACCGUAAUCAAUUCCUAUGUCAUAGAAUACCAACAACUGCGGGCAGAUCAGUUCUAUGAGGAUUACUGUAAAUAUCGUGAAGAAGAAUUUCUCACUGAAAUGGCAACCGUUCUCGAUAAGAUGGAAUCCAUGGGUGUCCUCGAUGUGGGACGUAGUUUCUUCAAACGUAAACCAAUUCAAUGGGAUAUCCUGUUCGAAGCCCUCGAAAAGCAGGGUUGCGUCCGUAUACUUAAUCUAUCCAAUAAUCAGCUUUCGGAUGAUGACUUCCAGCUCUUAACCAGCAAGUUACCCACUCUAAGGCAACUGGAGACAAUCAAUCUCUCCGCAAACUUGAUCAGUCCCAUAGGCCUUUCGUGCCUGACGGUGGCGAAUUUAGAAGUUCUGACCCGUUUGACCGAGCUGGAUCUCAGCGGGAACCCACUGUCGGACAACAGUUUGUCGCUUUUAACGACGGUACUUCAGAAGCUCGAACACCUCACCACGUUGAGAUUAUCGUCGACCAGCUUAACGAAUCUAACCAUUGCCACGCCUCCAAUGGAUAUCCACCGGUUACGGGUUUUCGAUGUAUCAGAUAAUGACCUCAACAAGAGGUCGAUCGAUUAUUUGUUUUCUGCUCUAAACACCAGGAUUCUGACCGAAUUAAACUUGCGUUCAUUGGGUAAGCUGAAAGAAUUCAAAAGCAUGCUAAUUUUAGUGUUUCAAUCAAAAUAUUUCGAUACGCUGCGCGUUUUAAAUCUUAGCAAAUGUGAUUUAACCGAUGACGAUCUUAGUGCUAUCCUAUUUGCUCUUCGUACGAGUGCAGACAAGCUGAAAGUCCUAGAUUUGUCGUUCAAUCGAAAACUCACACAAAAAAGUUUCGUUGAGGUGUUCGAAAGUUUUACCAGUCAGUCGUUGGAUUCGGUACACUUUGUACAGAAUCCACUUGUGUUGAAUGAUUGGAGGGACAAUAUGACGGAUGUGAUUCACUAUGAACGUGAUAAAUGCUACCCGUGCCGGGUGGAACUUAUGGUACCGUUAGCAAUGACUGUUGAAAGCAAGAAUGCGCUGCACAGUUCGUUAGAAACAUUCUGGAGUACGAUCUGGAAGGAUCGAGCUUCGGUGGAGAUGAGCAGGUGGAAGGUAACGCUAGCUUGUAAGGCAGAAUUGUAGUAAUUAAAAUGUCUCCUGAGCGUUUUUGCUCAAA